UUUUGGCACUGCUGGUUACAGACAACCGAUAGUAGCGGCUGCCAAUGAGCUCCGCCGAGUAGGACGGGGGCAGGGCUAGGGCUUAAAGGAGCCGUGACCCCUUUGCCGGCCAGAGGGUGACCCGGAUGAUGGCGGCCGGCACUGCCCUAGCCCUGGCCUUAUGGCUACUAAUGCCACCCGUAGGGGUGGCAGGGGCGGGACCCCCUCCAAUCCAGGACGGUGAGUUCACGUUCCUGUUGCCGGCGGGGAGGAAGCAGUGUUUCUACCAGUCUGCGCCGGCCAACGCAAGCCUCGAGACCGAGUACCAGGUGAUCGGAGGUGCUGGGCUGGACGUGGACUUCACGCUGGAGAGCCCUCAGGGCGUGCUGUUGGUCAGCGAGUCCCGCAAGGCUGAUGGGGUACACACGGUGGAGCCAACGGAGGCCGGGGACUACAAGCUGUGCUUUGACAACUCCUUCAGCACCAUCUCCGAGAAGCUGGUGUUCUUUGAACUGAUCUUUGACAGCCUGCAGGAUGACGAGGAGGUCGAAGGAUGGGCAGAGGCUGUGGAGCCUGAGGAGAUGCUGGAUGUUAAAAUGGAGGACAUCAAGACAGAUCUCUCUUGGUUACCCAGGCUGGAUUGCAGUGGUGCAAUCUCAGCUCACUGCAACCUCUACCUCUCAGGAGUCCAUUGAGACUAUGCGGACCCGGCUGGAACGCAGCAUCCAGAUGCUGACGCUGCUGAGGGCCUUCGAGGCACGUGACCGCAACCUGCAAGAGGGGAACUUGGAGCGGGUCAACUUCUGGUCAGCUGUCAACAUGGCAGUGCUGCUGCUGGUGGCUGUGCUGCAGGUCUGCACGCUCAAGCGCUUCUUCCAGGACAAGCGCCCAGUGCCCACAUAGCCCCUGCCACAGAAGGAAGAACGGGACGAAGGAGGGGCAAUGGGGUGUGCGCAUGUGAGACUUGGGGGUCCCUCCCCAAUUUUAGGUUCCUGCCAAAGGAGGAGUGUGCAGUCGGGGCCUGAGGUCUGGCCCUGUGAGUCUCCUUCCGUCCUCAGCGGGCAGGGAAUGCCUCUGGCUUGCAGAAGGGGCGGCUCGGCGGCUGCAUUGAUGUUUCUGGAAAUCUCGCAGGGUGGGCACUGCAGCGUUGGAAUGGGAGCCUCGGGUUUCCUGGCCCCUCUACUGUAAAUGUGCCUUAAUCUAAGCCUUCCAUGUUGUAUGAGCAUUGCCAGGUGUGGGGCAGGGCCUAACAAGGACACCUGGGUCCUCCAAGCCAGGUUGAGGUCUGGUAAUAGAACACCAGUAAGGGGCCUGCAAGAUCACCUGCCCCACCCCCUCUCCCUGUAGGGGCCCCACACAGGCAUGAGUGGUGGCCCCGCCAACGUGUAGGCAGAAGCCUCCUGCAACAAAGGGUGGUGUGGCCUGGGCAUCGGAGUCAAUAAAUUAUGGUCAGAAAAUCACAGAGCCUGCUGACUGGGGCUCAGGGACACCAGCUGGGACAGACCAGCCCCGAGAGGGCAGCCAGACAGGCGGGAGGGGCCUCCCACGAAGCUCAGAAGAAAGGUCGUGCGGGAGCCGAUGGAGGUGGUCGCCUGGCACAAGAGAAAAAUCAGAAAGCAAAGUUUAACUGAGCCCUGGCUGGGCCACGAGACCUGGGCUUCCCCAUGAGAGGGUGAGAAGCAGGGACUGAGGGUAGGAAGGGGGUGAAGUGCUGGGGUCCCUGCUCCACCAGGCAGCAGCCAGGCCUGUGCGCAUGGGGGUCUGUGGGGGAGUGGAGAAGAUUUGCUUGCAUUCCUGGUGUGCUAAAGAAAGUAAAAGGUCUCCCGUG